AUGAAUCGGAAAUCAAAGAAUUUGUUAUCUUCAUUUUCAAAUUUUACAGCACCUCCUGUUGUCACUGGUGGUGUAACUUCUAUCAGUAACACUGGUCAGCAGCUGGUGAACAAUUUCUCUACUGGGUCAUCAUCUUUAUUUUCGCCAAACACACUAGCAGCCUUCUACUUGUACUAUCAACAACACCAGUUACAACAAUCACAAGAGCAUAAUCAGUCGUCAUUAUCCUCUUCAACAACACUACACCAACAUUUAUCGCAUGAACAGCCAAAUCUUGCAUGCCAAAGUUUGCCAUACCUCCUCCCAUGUGAAUAA